AUGGACGCAGCAUCUAAAGCACCGCCUCUUCUUGCCUCCGAGCUUAUAGGACCCAAGGGAUGGAUCCGAAAUAUGAUGUGCCUCGAGUUGGCAGCAGACUACGAUGCUGAGAAUAUCUCAUCAAUGCUGCGAACAGCAUGGAGUAGUUUCAAAGAGCGAACACCAAUGGUCGGUGUUGAGGCCGUGCCUGCAGACCCCGAUCUAAAGCCCGCUGGGCAGCUAAAGCUACAACCUUACCGCGAUGGCGAGAUUGAAGAUUUCGUAGUCAAGGAUCACCGUAACGAUAGCACAGCACCUUCAUUUAGUCAGUUGAAGGAUCAAGGAUUUCCCAAUGCAGCCAUGGACGAUGAAAAAUUGUGCAUGCGUGGCCGAGUUGGAGAAUGGCCUCAAUUUGGCGUCGAUCGCCUAGCAACUCAAAUGAUGCAAGCCAACUUGAUCAAGGGUGGAUUACUGCUCAACCACUUGUGCUUCCAUUCGUAUGCCGAUGGGCUAUCCAUGUGGAAAUUAGCCGAGCUCUUUGCUGAAGAUUUACGCCGAGCACAGGGGUUGACUAUUGAGAAACCAGUUGAGAUUCAAGUUGCGGACAGAGCCAAAAUCUUGCAGAGCACCGGAAAAAACGUGUGCGCCAAUUUUGCAGAGGAGCACACAGAAUUCAUUCAUUUACCUUUCACUCCUCCUGGACUCCCCGAGGCUCUAACGAAAGGAGAAAGCCAUGCUCACGUGUAUCGAUUUACACCAGAAGCCAUCCGAGCGCUCAAGGAAGAGUGCUCACCAGCAAAGAUAUCAUCUAGUCUUAAGGAAAAGAUCCCACAAGAACAACUACCAAAAUUCGUCUCCACCAAUGACGUCCUAUCUGCACUGAUCUGGAAAUCCAUCCAGAGCGCCGAACAUCCAGAUCAUUCAGCCCUCGAUCCCAGUAAGCUCUCGAUAGGAAUGGUCGCCUUGGACGCACGACGCCGCGUUCACGUGCCCAUCCAUCCACAUACACUGGGUAAUAUCAUCGGAUUUACCACUGCAAUUCUACCAAUUUCUCAAUUGAUUUCCAGAGAUACUCCGCUAGCUGAUGUCGCAUGUUUGAUACGUCAAGGUGUCAAUAAGUGUGGAAGCACAUACUACGAUGAAAUGGCGCACUACGUAGAGCGCGCGGACGACGUGAAUAGAAUCGCUGGCACGGCAUUCCUCGAUAUGCCUGGUAGCAAUGUGCUAUUCAGCAACUGGAGCGAUUUUGACUUUUACAGCAUUGAAUGGGGUCCUACAUUCGGUGAUCGUAUCAAAUCUUUGCGAUUCCCCGCUGGUGGUGUCUGUGCCGGCUUCCAGGUGAUCUUGCCAUCUCCUGCGGACGCGCCCCAGGGAACAAUGGAAGUGCUUGUUAGUGCAUCAAACCAAGCGUGGCCGCGAUUGUUGCGCGAUGAGACUCUCCAUCGCUUUGCUCAUAAUGCUACGAAGGUACCAUUCCAGUGA